AUGGCAUCAACCUCGUUUCUACAAACUUUCCACCCGUUAGGGAAGAUAAAACCGAACUCGGGUUCGAGUAGAAGGCCGGGCCUGAUCAGGGUCCGUGCGAUGAAGGGAGAAGGCCGCAACCACGGGUCGAAGGUGGACGAGAACAUGAUCGUGUUGCGAAAGAGGAUCCACGAGAUGAAGGUGAUGGAGGGCGAUGGCGAGCUGCCGAGAGAAUGGAUGGAGUGGGAGAGGCGAGUCUACGUGGGCUACGAUGCGAUCAUCUGCGACGCGGUGGGUCAUCUGCAGUCUUAUUUGAUGGACACAAGGCCCAGCUUUGCGCUUGCCAUGCUUGUAAUUCUCGCGUUAGGCAUGCCCACCUCCACGGCUCUGGUCUUGUACAAUUUGAUGGCUGUUGUAUCUGGGAUUCAUUCGGACUAA